ACCGCGUCGAUGUGCUGAGGUGAUCGGAUCAACGAGAGGAGAAGCUAGCUAGCUCGAUCGAGGGCAUCGAUCCAUGCCCUGUGCUGCGAGCCUACGAGAAGAGAAGUAGUAGAUUCAUGGUUGUGCAGAAGAUGUGGUUGCCCGUCGAUCUGCGGCUGCCGUCGGGGCCGCAGGCGGCGCUGGAGAUCCUCGCGUUCGAGGCGGCGGCGGCGAUGUCGAGGCUGCUGUCGCUGCACAGGUCGCUGCUGGAGCAGGAGGUGUCGAGGCUGCGGUCCGACACGAUGCGGUCGCCCGGCGUGUCGUACCUCAACUCCACGGACCAGGCGUUCCUCCUCAGGCUGGCCUGCGCCGAGCUGGUCGUGUCGCUGGACGCGGCGGCGGCCGCCGUCGCGCGGCUUGGGCUGAGGUGCGGGCUCGACUUCGGCGGGGUGUACACGAGCCUCAAGGCCGGCGAGCCGGAUGCUCGGCUGGACCCGCUCGUCGCCAAGGGGCUCAAGGUGAAGGCCAGGAAGAUGGAGCGGCUCGUCGCGUCCACGGCCAGGCUGUGCUCCGAAAUGGAGGCGCUCGACGAGCUGGAGGCCGCCGAGCGGAAGCUCGCGUUCCGUGGGUGGAGUCGCCUGAGCGGGCCGAUCCCGGCGCAGCCGGUGGCCCCGCCGCCCGCCGGCGAAUCUCCCGGCGCCGACUCGUUCCAGCAGGACCUCAAAACGCAGCGGCUCAAGGUGAAGCGCCUCAAGGAGGAGUCCCUGUGGAACCAGAGCUACGAGAAGGCCGUCGGCCUCAUGGCGCGCGCCGCCUGCGCCGUGUUCAACCGCAUCUGCACCAUCUUCGGCGCAUUCGUUCCAGGCCUCCCGCCGCCACUGCCGUCGACCACCACCGACAGCGUCCAGGCCCGUCUGUCCAAGCUGCUCAACCCGCGGGCGGCGAGGGCGAAGGCGUCGUCCGGACCGAUCACGCGACGGGACGGGCCGUCCCGAGUCCAUCCGCCGGUGAUGAGCAGCUCGUGCCCUAUCAUCGGGCUGAGGCCGUCCGGGCAGAAGACCACCGUCGACUGGCGCAAGCUCCUGGACGCGCCGGCAACCACGGUCGGCGGCGCGGGUCUGGACCAGCAGUACGCGAACGUGAUCGUUUCCGCGGAGCAGCUGCUGCAGAUGGAGGCCGAGGGACGGCAAGAGGAGGCCAACGCGGAGCGCGCCGAGAUGUACGAGAUGCUGCCGGCGAAGCUCCGUGCGGCGGUGCGGUCCAAGCUCCGCGAUUGGUGGCGGGACCCGGGCCCGCUGGACGCCGGCCUGGCGCAGGGGUGGAAGGACGCGGUGGACCGCAUCAUGGCGUGGCUGGGCCCGAUGGCGCGCGACACGGUGCAGUGGCAGGCGGAGCGGAACAUGGACCGGACGCGGCGCUUCGACGGCGGGCCGCGGGUGUACGCGCUGCAGACGCUCCGGUGGGCGGACAAGGAGAAGGCCGAGGCGGCGCUCGUCGAGGUGCUCGUCGCGCUCAGCUGCGUCUGCUGGUACGAGGAGCGGCGGCGCGGCUCCGUCCGCCUCUGAUCCAUUGAACCGUUCAACACGCGGGGAAACUUUUGCCCAAAGAUUCUACCUUUGCCUCCUCUUCUUCCUCCUCCUCGCUUUCAUUUGUCAAAGCUUUGAUUGAAAGAGUUGAUUUUUAUUUUUGGGAGCGGUUGGUAGAUCAAUCAGGUUAGAACGGGCGAACUAUUCAACGGGUUUAGGGAGUAGCAACAGCAGCAGUAGUUUGAAAGAUGGAGGGAGAAAUGGAAGGAUAGAAAGAAAAAAAAAGGAAAGAGUUUGAUUGAUUUGUUUGCGUGUGGCGACUGUCAGUGGUCUGAGGCUGACAUGCCGGGCCCGCGUGUCGGCUUCACACGGGUGACAGAGUCCGGUUGUGUAAGACGUGUCACAGGGAAACGAUUUGUACAAUACACGAUUUGAUUCUUUGAAACUUAUUUUGUUGCAGCAGGAAACUCGAGCCAUCCUUUUGUUGACUGGCCGCGGUUCUCUCUAGUCUCUAAUACACACUUUGCAAGACGUUAGGCAAAGUCUAAUAUUAUAUCGCCGAA